AUGACCAACAUCACCACUCCCCGCACAUCAACAUCCCCAAAUUACCAACACGGACCCCAACUACUUCCUAAGAUCAGGACUCAGGAUGUUGUUCUCGAGCCGGUCUCUUCUGUUGGUCCACGUCGUCAUCGACGAGUGCUGUCAAACACCCGCAAUCCGCCGGGUUAUAUGCCUUACCCGACUGCCAGACCUUCGGCAUUGUCGAGGAAUGUGAUUGAUGCCUCCGCUGCUGCAGAUUGUAGUGGAUUGAUUUCCCCAAUCUCGCCUGCUUCAACACAUCCCGCUAUGAUUUCUUCUGGAUUGUCAUCUCCAAUUGCGUUGACGACUUCUGCUGCCUCUGCCGCCAACAAGCGCAAAAGUAUGCCCUCUGCCGGCCAUUCUCGGUCUGGGUCUACCUCUAGCAUUGAUGAAGUCACUCUAUCCCGAUAUGGGUAUCCUACUUACAGACAACUUCCCAAAUACGUGUCUCAAUCUGAGGCAUCCCCCAUUAGUCCCGUGGAUCCUUCUUCCUUUGUCUUUCCCGCAUACAACCGUCAAGUCCCAUCCGUGCAAGUCCCAUCCGUGCAAGUCCCAUGCCCCGUGCAGCUUCCGACACAACAGGCAGCCUACAGCGCCUUACCGUCUCCUCAAAACUAUGACUAUCUCAGGGUUCACAGCGCACAGCCGUCUCCUGUUGGGUUUCUCGCUCCCCCUCUYCCAUCMCCCGCCUCUUCGACUACAUUACUCACCUAUCUAACCAACACCACGCCAGCCGUCAACCUAGUACGCACAGUCAACUACGGCCCCACGCGCGGUCUGAAUGAUUACUUUUGGUGGGAUAUUCGCCAACUCCGCAGCUGGUCCUCGUUCUCCUUGAACACAUUCAACGAUAUCAAUGGUCUGACACAGCUACUCAAAACUCCUAUUCCGAGCCAUCUCACCCCUCAACCGAUGAUUGCGUCCGCACGGUUGACACCCGAGAGCGAGAAUGCACUCAUCAACCUUGUAGGCGAUAUCUACGCGCCACGCAUCAAUGCCGCGUUACGAGUAUCCCAGGGCUCGGAUCAUAUGAGAUUAUACGUCUCGCCAGAUGCCAAUUCUUCCGGUAGUCGGGGAGCGAAUGGUCCUCAUUUUCUGGCUAAUUACGCAUCUGACACCGACGUUACGGCCUCUGGUGUUCGACGCGGACGUGUAGUUGGUAUUGUGAAGAGCUUCGAUCGCUGGAACACCGGCAUGCGCAACGAGCCCCCUCAUCGUCGCGUCGAAUACCUCCGCGGUCUUGCACAUCUACAGCGCUGCAUGCGCGAACAUUCCUGCCGCUACGGCUUCAUAAUAUCCGAAAUCGAGCUUGUAUGCGUCCGCGCUGGCUGCGACGAUGGCGACGACGUACCUUAUUUCGGAUACCUGGAGCUCUCCUCACCCAUCGCCACCAAAGAAUCCUCCUCAAACCACGCUAGUAGAUGCGCCGACCAAACCUCACGAAGACGAUCAUGUACACCACCCCAUUCAUCUGCUUCUUCAUCAUACGGCGAUGGUCGCUCCACCCACAGCCGAAGCAGCAGUCUAUCCUCCCUCUCCUCACACCACCAAGACGAUAACUCAGCCGAAAACGGCCUCGGUGGAGUCCCUCUAACAGCCACACUGGCCCUCUACUUCCUGCUCAUGCUUUCCAAAUCUAUGCCUCUCCCCUCCCAACCCUCAGGCCAUUUGAACGUCGGUGGUCCCGGCGCUCUAAGUCGUCAACGUAUCCUCCCCGAACCAAAAGAUAAAUGGAUUCCGGAGCCACAAUUAGGCGAAAAGCGGGAGGCGAAGAGAGUCCGGGGCUGGAUUAUGCCGCAGGAUGCAUGGCAUCGAAGAGAAGGCUCAAGAUCUAAAAAUAAUACUAAUGUUAAUGGUGAUGGCGGCAGAGGGAAAAGGGGAAGAAAAGAGCUUGCGAUGCAGUAA